AAAUUUAUUCUAAUUUCCACCAAAAACGCCAACCAAAGUGAAAUCUAUCUUUUAGUAAAGACAAACACAUCUCUUAGGUUACAACCAUCUUUUAGUAAAGACAAACACACUGCCGAUAAAAACGGCAACAUAGAAUACAAACCUUAUGCCCUAGUCCAUGCAAUAUAUACA